AUGGGAAAACAGAGCAAGGUGCAAAGUGGAGGAAAGCCACAUCAACAGCAUGACAUCUACCACAACUACGAAACCUUCCACAACUACGACACCUACAACAGCUACGAUAACUACCAUACCUACGACACCUACCACAACUACGACACCUACCACAACUACGACACCAACAAAAACUACGAUAACUACCAUACCUACGACACUUACCACAACUACGACACCUACCAUAACUACGACACCUACCAUAACUACGACACCUACCACAACUACGACAUCUACCACAACUACGACACCUACCACAACUACGAUAUCUUACAUACCUACGACACGUACAACAACUACAAUAACUACCACACCUACGACACCUACUACAACUACGACACCUACCACAACUACGACACCAACAAAAACUACGAUAACUACCAUACCUACGACACUUACCACAACUACGACACCUACCAUAACUACGACACCUACCAUAACUACGACACCUACCACAACUACGACAUAUACCACAACUACGCCAACCACCACAACUACUAUAUCUACAAUACGUACGGCACCUACCACAACUACGACACCUACCACAACUACGACAUCUACCACAACUACGAAACCUACCACAACUACGAUAUCUUACAUAUCACGACACUUACAACAACUACAAUAACUACCACACCUACGACACCUACCACAACUACGACACCUACCACAACUACGACACCUACAACAACUACGAUAACUACCAUACCUACGACACUUACCACAACUACGACACCUACCACAACUACGACACCUACCACAACUACGCCAACCACCACAACUACUAUAUCUACCAUACCUACGGCACCUACCGUAACUUCCUACGACACCUACCACAACUACGACACUUACCACAACUUCGAUACCUACUAUACCAACGACACCUACCACAACUACGAUACCUACCACAACUACGAAACCUACCACAACUACGACACGUACUAA